AUGGUCGUGUCGAAGGAAGGCAAACGGCGGCGUAAGGUGGCCAUUUCGCAAACGGGUCCCGGCGCUGCCACCACCGGAAGCAGCCCGUCAACGAGUGCGGCAGCCGAGCGGGAUCUUUCGCCCCCGGAAAUACCAAAGCGACCAAAGGUACACGCGCAGCGCAAGUUUGCCCAGGGCCAAGGAACUACCUCGUCAUCCGCUUACUUAAACUCGUACUCUUCUGCGCCACCAACGCCAGCCAAGGAUGCACAGGGUCGUCCGAACGCGCCUGGACCUGGAAACGGCACCGCUACGUCGGUGUCUGCCGGAUCCGGAACCGGAACCGAGCUGGUAUCCCAGGUGACCGAACUGUUGCCGAAUAUGCGACCAAACACGGAAGAUUUUCUCACGUUCCUGUGCUUCCGUGGGACUUCCGUCCUGCCACCGGCAUUGGAUUUUUUCAACAAAUCCUCUCCCGCAUCUGGCGGUGGUUCGUCGACGGCCACCGGGAGAGCGGUUCCAAGUGCAACGGGAAGUUCACCAGCUGCCGGUGGAAGCGGUUCCCGAUCAAACGUGACGGGGUCAGGCCGUGCGCGGAAAGAAGAAUCGAGUGCCACAGUGUCAAAUACGUCCACCGUUUCCAAAGCACCAGCGACGAGAGCCAGCACAGGACCGGAUAAAUCUGCGACCUCAACGGCCGCUACUGUCACCGCGCAGGCAGCAACAGCGGCACCAACUACGGCCUACAUGCCAUUUGCAGUGCGCAAACGGGCCGAACCGCCACCCGACGUACGGGCGGAUCGAAAGCGGACGCAGGACAAAAUGCAAGCCUUGCGUAAGAAGUAUCAUGAUCAGCGGGUCGCGAAACUGCGGGCCACUGCGGGCGGCAAGCAACCGAGUGCCGCAACACGGGGCGCUGGGGCAAUGCACACCAGGUCAGGGGCCAGCAGAGACCGCGAAAGCACGGCUGAAGAGGCUGACGACACGGAGGAAGAACGGAAGGACGGAACAAGAAAGGCCACUAGGCGGAAGCAAAACAAAAACGAAUCGAAAGCAGCGGCGGAAGAAGAUAAUGGUGUUGACGAUGAUGAAGAAAACAACGAUGAUGACGAUGACAGGAAGAAGGAAGGCGGUGUUGCAAGUCGUCGAAAAAGUGGGCUUCGCAGUGGCACAGUUCCGGCUGCCCAGGCCAAUGUUAAGGUUGCAUCGAAAAAGAACGCCAAAGGAAAGCUCAGUGAAAAGGAAGAGGCGAAAAAGGGCGAUCAAUCAGCGCCGGUAAAACCGGGAGCGACGGAGCCAAGAAGUAAAAGGUCACCGCGUCAGGAACCAGCCGUCGAUGAAAGUCCAAAAGGGACGGCUACCCGUGCAGGCAGCAGUGCCAGCAGCGGGCCAAAGAAGAGUGCAAAAGCUACCACAAAAGAUGUGGAGGGGAAGGAAAAGCGCACGACGCGACUAUCAGCGUUACGCAGUCCGGUUCCGCAGUCUCAGAAGCAGCAAGGUAAACGUUCCCCGGAGAAAGAUGCAGCCGGUCCGGAUCCGGACAAUUCCUCGUCCGAUGAUGAUGAGCCACUGUCGCGAACGGUGCCCGAAAAGCGGUCUCCGGUGGCCGGUAAAACGACCCGUUCUGGUCGGAGUCGCAAAUCGGACCCGACGGCUGGCGGCGAAAGGGAGUCGGGAGAAAUGCCUGACAAAAAAGCGCGUCGUUCCGAAUCGGUUCUCAGCAGGCGUUCCGAUGUGAGCUCACGCAGAUCGGAGCUGCGUGACCAAAACCAAAACGCUUCCGGUGGGUCCGCUUUGUCGAAAAACAUGCGGGCCAAUUCACGCGGAAGGAAAAAGAACGACUCCACGACGGUUUCGCCACGAUCAAUCGCCAACGAAGUGAAUAACGACGCGAGCGCCUCUCCGCCCCUAGCAAGUGGUGGCGCUGGUCGAAAGCAGGCACAGAGUAGAAAGAAGCGGGAAACCACUCGGAGUUCUCCGGGGCUUACGGGUGCGUCACCGGAACCGGUCGAACGGGCGAAAGCGUCAACGACCACAACUAGCACGACACCGGUCGAAGGGUUUGGUGCGUCCAGACCUUCACGGAAGACGAAAGAGGCUGCCACCCUGUACAUGGAGCUAAUUGGCCGCAAGCUCAAUCACGACGAUAAAUCCGACGACGACGAUGCGUCCUCGCUGGACAGUCUGGAGUUACCGAACGUGCGCAAAUUGCAGCAAAUGGAGAAUGAACUGAAGGCAAACGCAGGCAAAACUAAGCAACCGGGGUCCGUGGCAGCUAUGGGCACACCGUCAAAGGCCACCGUCAAAUCGAAACAGGCUGUGGGCGAAGAGCGAAAAAAGCGGAAAUCGAAUGCAUACGAAACGUCUUCACCACUGGACGGUGUUAAGGUUGCGGACACCGGAACAAAGAAGCAACUGGAGAAAAGCUUCAGCGAUUCCGAUGAGGAACCCUUGGCCAGUAAGUUUCAGCGCAAGAAGCAGCAGCAGCAGCGCAAAGGCAAAGCAAGCGGCAGUGGUGUUGGCACAUCGUUGAAACAUUCAGCGGAGGACAAAGCGGAGCAGUCUCCCGGACAGCAGGACGAACCUUCCACACCGACGGGGCAGCGGCAAAAACGUGGCACAACGUCAGUUGCUUCUCCCGCUGGUAAACACAAUGGAACCACACCAACGGGGAGCGGCCCGGCGCUUAAAACGCCGGUCAAGAUAGUGUCACGGACCAAUAGUUCCCAAAAUUCACCCGCCAUAGGUAUUGUUGCCGGUGGAAGUACCGAUCCUGCGGGAUUGCGAAGCCCUGCCACCGAUGGGCAUGGCUCGGCACGGCUCAAUCGAUCGGGCGACAAUAACACGACACUCCAGUCGAUAAUGGCCGAGGCAGGUGAGAGUCCCGCAAAGGUAACACCUGCGUUGCUGAACAUCCCAACACCAAUCACAGCAGCGGACGUGCUGAAAAUUCCCACCUCACCACCAUUUGCGCGGCAAAAUGUCAAACCUUCCGGUGAGCUGGCAGUACCAGGGCAGCAGAUUCCGGGUGCUGUUAAAACCGGUACGGCCAUUGCCUCAACAGGCAUCAACGCCGGACCAUCGUCAGACAUUCCCUUCAAUCGGCCUCCCGCUAAGGGUGAUUUUAUCGCACUGGACGAUACCGACUUUCUGAAGGGUUUCGAGCAAGGCCAACCAUCCGAGCAGAACACGCCGUCGAAGCCAUCGAACUCACUGCUCGGCAAUUUGUUGCCGAGUAAAGAAGAGUCGGAAAAGAUCUUUGGUAUCGCCAGUGUCAGCUUGGCCCAAAGUUCCGGCCCUCUCGAUACAAAGUGCACCCUUGGGAAGUGUGGAUCAGUUCACAAACCCCCGCUUGGGCCACCGGUACUGACCGAAUCGCUCCUCGGGGGUCAUCUGUCGCCCCGCGAUCGUCGCAAGGCGAAAGUAAACAUGACGCACGAGCAGAUCCAGAAGUGGAUUGACGAAUCGUCUUGGUCACCGAUCGAGGACGAUCUGAAAGAAGACCUCGAAAUCUCGAGUGCAUCCAUGUGCCGAACACCGCCACCACCGGGGCAGGCGGCUUGGGAGCGGUUAACGGAUCCGGGUGGACCGGAAGCGGCGACGAAUGAUGUUGAUGCACCGUCAACCCCGGCCACAGUGGCGUUGGUAACAUCUACACCGGUUAGCACUCCAGCUGCCACUGGUGUCGCAGGCAACGGACGAAGUGGCGUGGAAGAGAACGAUCCGACAGCAGUGCAACAGGUGGUCGGCGGUCUGUCAACGGUCCAACAUCAUACGGUACCCGUCGGGGGAGUAAAACUCUCUUCGACGGCGACGGAUCUUCCGGCUGCGAUCAGCCUUCCGAUUGCGACCACCACGACGGGUGUUGCGGUGCGAACGGAUCUGAUGGAGAACAAGGGUAGCAAGAUGGGCCAACGAGAAAAUACCGCUGCAAUCGCGACACUGGUAGCCUCCGCUCCCGGUGGUGCUGGAAUGGAAACGAUCGAUGCGAACAGUGCCACAUCGGCGAAAGGAAAACGUGAAGUGAAAGAAACACGUCGAACCAAAGCGGACACAUCAACUUUGGCCACCGCUGCUCUCGUUGCGACACAGGCAAAGUCGCAGUCACCGGCCACGACGACGACUGCGAUCGAUCGGAAACCUAUCUACCGUUCGGCAAGCGGUCGGACACCGGUUUACAAGCAACAGCAGCAGGAUCUUUCGGUAGCGAAAUCUCAACAAGCCCAGCAGGCGACGCUGAUGUCCGUCGCGUCUUCCCAGCAAAACACUCUCCUUCAAUCGACUUCAUCGAAGAUGGCGUCGACCACACCACAAGGCAACAAGUUUGGGGCCUUCUCGCCGAUCAACGAGACAAGCGUGUAUUCGUUCGACAAAGAGGAGGAUUUUAUGCCCGUUGCCACACCGUUCCGCAGGCAACAUGGACGCCGCGAGUCGUGCAAUUCAUCGGCUCGUGACGAACCGACAACCACACCGUCGGGGAUUACCAAACGUGAACCAAGCGUUACCCCGUUUGAUGUAGCAGGUGUCGGAGGCUCUACAGUUGGGGGUGCGGCCUUUCCAAAACCACCACAACAACUAGCCAACAGUCCAGCCACAGGAUCCACAGGAGCUAAGGCUGCCGGUCAACAGCAACCAGCCGCCAGUAUGACCCUUAGUCCGAGUGAGACCCGUAAGGCUGUCGACAUCGGUAGCAGCACCCGGCGGGCACGGGCAGAGCCGAGCAUGAAAACGGAACCGGUUGGCGAUGAGAACGAUGCGGAUGGCCAAACGUUUUACAUACCCCUGCAAGGACCGUCGGCAAGUGCCGCGGGCUCGAAAUCAUCCGAUCAACUGAUACAGGGUGUGGCGGUGAAGCUGGGCACCGAAGGCCCGGACGGUCCGAACCAGCGGGUUAUCAUGCACGCCAAGUUGGUGACCAAAGCGGAAAUGGGAACCAAUCCGACGACCCUGCCGGACUCGAUGAACGUGCAGGAGUUGGUGAAGAGUCUAACCGCUCAAGCAGCGGCCGGAUCGGGUGGAGCAUUGAGUAAGGACAUGGGAGUUCUUUCGAAGCUCGUUCCAAUCGGUACGGUACAGCCCCGCUUCAAAUCUCAACCCGAAAGCAGCCCCUCCUUGACGGGCGGGGCGGAAAGUCGCACCGAAGAUCGGAACAGUGCCGAACCGGCGCCCCGACCCGGGGGUCUUUCGCGCAUCAAUUCCAACUCUUCCCUGUCGUCGCAACGCUCGAAACCGACCAAAGCGACCGGCAAACAGCAGAAUCGCUCCGACGCGGUAGUGGUUCCAUCGCCGCAGGCCGACAACAACACGGCCUUCCCGCGGCGCGAUGAUCCGGCCCAGAUGGUCGAGGCGCCAGUAUUUCGACCGACCGAAAAAGAGUUCCAAGAUCCGCUCGAGUACAUCGAGCGCAUCGCACCGAUUGCGUCCCGGUUCGGCAUCUGUCGGAUCAUACCACCGGCCAGCUUCAAGCCCGAGUGCCGCAUCGCGGACGACAUGCGCUUCAUGGCGUACAAUCAGUACGUGCACAAGAUGCUGCACCGGUGGGGUCCGAGUGCAAAAGAGUACGCCGCCAUCAAGAAGUAUCUGGCAACGCAAAGCAUCAACCUGCAGUCCCCGCCCGUCAUCGGAGGCAUGGAGGUGGAUCUGCCGCGGCUCUACCACACGGUGCAGGAACUGGGCGGUCUGAAGGAGGUGAUCGAGAAGAAGCGCUGGGCCCGCGUAUCGGAAGACAUGUGCAUCCCGAAAGCGGCGCACGAUCGAGUGUCGAAGCUGGACGACAUCUACUGCAAGUAUCUGCUGCCGUACGAUACACUGUCCCCGGGCGAGCGCCAGAAGUUGUUCGACGAAGUGGAAGCGGAUUGGGCGAAGCGAGAAGCCAAGGCACGCCGCAACGCAGACAAGGGGGUCGGCUCGGAGGUCCGCACCAGCGGCGAGUCGGACGAGGACGAGGAGGGCGAUUCGAACGACGACGAGGAGGAGGACGAGGACGAAUUCACGAUGGAGUGUAUCGUGAAGGGGCGCAACAUGCCGCUGAACCAGUUUUUCCGGAUCGCGCGCAACACGAUGUCGCUGUGGUUUCGCAACGGCGAACCGACGGUGCCGGAGAUCGAGGCCGAGUACUGGCGGCACGUGGCCGUCCGCGAUAGCCACGUGUGCGUGCACUCGGGGUCGAUCGAUUCGAGUGCAUUCGGGUUCGGGUUCCCCAGCCCGAAGGUGAAGGGCUCGUCGUGUGCCAAGCACCCGUGGAACCUGAAGGUGCUGACCAACAACAGUGGCUCGAUACUGCGCUCGCUCGGCCCCGUGAUGGGUAUUACCAUCCCGACGCUACACGUGGGUAUGCUGUUUAGCGCUUGCUGCUGGUACCGCGACCCACACGGACUGCCCUGGAUCGAGUAUCUGCACACGGGCGCCAACAAGAUCUGGUACGGGGUCCCGGAUGAUCAGAAUGCCAACUUCCGGGCGGCCCUGACCGUACUCGUGCCUACGCACUGCCAGAACAAGACGAUCUGGUUGCCGUGCGACACGGCCAUGGUGCCCCCUCACAUGCUGACCGAUCGGAGCGUAUCGCUGUGCCGCACCGAGCAACAACCGGGCCAGUUUGUGGUGGUGUUCCCGCGGGCAUACACUUCCAGUCUCUGCACCGGGUACGCCGUAUCGGAGAGUGUCUACUUUGCCACCAAUGCGUGGCUAGACACGGCCAAGGAUGACUUUCGGGACAUACAGGAAAGCUGUGAGCCGACAAUGUUCUCCGUGGAGCAGCUACUGUUUGCGAUCGCUAAUGAUCAGCGCAGCAACCACGAUACCCUGAUGCAGGCGUAUCCGAUGAUCGUCGAUAUCUACGAGAAGGAGAAACAAACGCGCCAAACACUCAAAAAUCACGGUGUGACGCAGUCGGAAAAGAUUGAAUCGAAAAAGAAAACGGUUUCGCUGGAAGAGUUUGAGUGCGAUACGUGCCGGGCCAAUCUGUACCUUUCGCUGGUGAAGGUGAAGGUGACGGCCGACGACGACGACGAGGACGACGGCGACAGUGCCAACACGGUCGACGAGGAGGAGCGCAUCUACUGUCUGAAGCACACCGUCAAGUAUCUGGCCGAUGGCCGGCUGCAGACCAAACACUGCCGGCUAGCGUACACCUACUCGCUCGACGACAUCGAGGAGCUGCUGAAGAAGCUGCAGGAUCGCAUCGCCAACAAGAAAUUCACCAAAUCCGUUGUGACCGGCGGCAGCGCUGGUGGUGGUGGCGGCACUGGUGGCGUUGGUGGUGGUGGCGGCACAGCGCGAGGCAAAUCUUCGAUGCAUUUCGCAUCCACCUCGUCGCAGUCCUCGUCGUCAUAUCAGGCACCUAGUCAUAGUAAGUUCUCCGGAAUGGCAACGAUGCUAAAGUAAGCGUGGGUCGCAUUUGACAGGAAGCCUUUGCUAUCAGUUACCAUCAUCCAGCAGUUCGAUUACAUUACGGCACGAUCGGUAUGGCGCUGUUCUUGUAGCGUGUAGUCCUCAUAGAAGCACCUGUGCCAUUCGGUGAAAAUGUUUCGCUUUACGAGCGAAGGUAACUCGGAGACACCUUCCUUCGACCUUUCGGUCCUCGGUCGUUCGGCCUUCACGAUGUAUCAUAUCAAAUGCAGACCCCCCCUCUGUCGACAUGAUGACUAGUUUGAAGAGCGUGCAGAUGCUGCACAAAAACACGAUCGUUCGGCUUCGCGAUCCUCCGUCUUCGUUGUAAAUGAACUCCCGGAAUUGUCCGAUCUACCCGUGUGUGGUACCGGGGGAAGGUGAAUGGAAACAUUUUAGUGCAUUAGCAUGUGUAGGCGUUUAGAGUGCAAUGGGAAUGCCAGCAAUUAGCGUGUGCGCUCCGGUUUCGUGCAGAUGGAGCUUCCGCACACUACUUUACCAUUUGUCGUGUAAUAUUACCGCGUAGAGUUUAUAAACCUUUAAUAAUGCUGCAUGUGUUAGGUUAGACAGCUUCGCUCACAGAAUAAUGUCCCCAUUUCCUUUACCGAUGAUGUCCUGCUCACCCAGUGUUCCUUUGUGUGGCAAUGUAAGAACCAGAAAGCUUAGCCGACGAUCGAGACCGGGGCCACGAUCGCCCCGGCACUGAUGUGGGGAAUUCAAAGCUAGUAGCAAGCAAAUACGCAAUCUUUUAGUAGCAUAACCGUUUUUAAAGGCCAAUUUAAUCCAUCAACCUGACGGUAGCUUUAUUUUUAUAACAACAGCAUAUCUACACCAACUACAACAAUGCUCCACACAAUCCUUUUGUAUGGCGCGCUUCACGGGGACGGGCCGUUGCUUGGACGGGGCCUCGCGGUGUGUAAAUGUGUGUUAGCGUAUCAAUGGAUGUGUGUGUGUAUGUAGUGUAAGUGUGAAUGUGGCAUGUGCAGGACAAACUGGCGACGGGUGAGGCAAUCUAAAACGCAGCAAAUCCUAUCGCUAGUCAACCCGAUCCUUCGGACCGUUCGGAUAGUGAAUUCAAACAGAAUUCGUUGUACCGUACAUAAUAAAAUGAAGAAAGUGGCAACUGCGUAGCGUACAAGUGUUGCCAUAUACUGGGCACACCGGCGAACCCUAAGCCUGGCAUAUAAAGCUGAGCGUGAUACGAUGAAAACAAGAAUACAAACUCCUCGCCAGGAUUUGGGGAACAUUCGGAAAAGGAUAACUAAAACAUAAAGUAUAAUCACAUAGCGUUAUAUUGGCGGGUUAAGAGGAGACACAUGGAAAAAGAUAAAAUUUAUUUACCUAACGGUCGGCCCUGUCUGCCGUCGAAAAACGUAGCCGAACGGUGGACCCCAACGAGCGAGGCAGACAGAAGAAAGCGUAUGGAGCGUGUGUUUGAAUGAGAGGAAUUCAAUAUAUGUUAGAGAUAGUAU